GAAGCUUGAAACGACAUAGUGAUUAGCGUCUAGUGUACGAAGCAGAAGACACUCAGCUACGGAUCUAAGGUGGGGUCACUCAUUCCACUGAAAUUCAAAGGUGGGUGCCACACCACUGGAUCCUACUCUCCCCUGCGCUUCACGAACGAACGAAACCCUCUCCGUGUGAACGAUCCAUCGAUCGAUCCAGCAAUCGCCGCAAGCUGCAAUGGUUUACAUCACUUCCUGGGACGAGUUCGUGGAUCGAACCGUUCAGUUGUACCGCGCCGAUCCUGAUUCUACGCGGUAUGUCAUGAAGUACAGGCAUUGUGAUGGCAAAUUGGUACUCAAGGUCACCGAUAAUAAGCAGUGUCUGAAGUAUAAGACAGACCAAUCACAAGAAGCUAAGAAGAUGGAAAAACUGAAUAAUAUAUUCUUUACUUUGAUGGCUCGGGGACCAGAAGUGGAUCUAUCUGAAGUCACUGGGAAAGAACAAACGGAUGCACAACCAGCCAAGAGAGGAAGAGGAAGGAAGCAAUAACUGAUGUAUCUAGCUGUUGAAAUAGGCCUCAUGAAUCUUAGGAAAUCUGUUAUGAUUUGAUAGAUUUUUACCCCAUUCCUAAAUCUUGCAACGUUGCCUUUGAUUGCAUUUACAUAAUUUUGCCUACUGAAUUUUACUUUCUCAAAUAUUAAUCUGGGGUACGGUUUUGGCUACAACAAAAUCACUCACAUACCAUUGGCAAAUUGGCAUUCACUUUACCA